CGUUAGAUGAGCGAGUUGGGUUCUUUAAUUUAUGACGUUGCCGAAGAGAUUGUCCGUUACUUUAGUGUUCGGAAACUUGAGUUAGGAUGGGAUGAUUCCACUUCCAAAUCUGUCAUAGAUUCUUUGGUGCCUAAAAGGAUUUUGGGGACAGUAAAGAUGUACAAGUCCUUAGAAAAAUUUCCGGAGACCAGACGAUUACUCUCAUGUAUCGAAUCAAGUUCUUUGCAGAGUGAUAGAGUGCUCGAAAAGACAAUAAGAAAAUUGCUGGAAAAUUGCAUUCAUCAAAUCUAUUCGACUGAAAACCCUAAGACAGCGCCGCUAUCACAUAAGUUCACAGAAUGUGUUUCUGCCGUCUCUGAGAAGGAACAAUGUGACUGUUUAAGAAUGCUCUCUACACCAACUGUACCCAGUUAUUCCUCUUCAAUGCAACAGUAUGAGGCCAGCAGUGCCCAAAGAAUAGUAGCUUUUGCUUCAAAAAUGCUUUGUGAUCUGUUUUUUCUAGCAGAUCGUCGUAAGCGCAAAGAAGAUUUAUGUAUAGCCACACCAGAUACAAAUAGAACUCAUAAACUUAUCACGGAUAUUUCACUUCCGGCAGCGGACGCCAUCAUGUUUACAGUUAGCACAGUUGAUGAGGAUGAAAUUAUGAACUCUGGCAGUCGAAAAAAUAUGAUGAAUAGAAAAUACACAAUCCACACCAAAAAGUCGGUCACUUCUGAUUCAAGGGAGCAGAGUAAGACACUAAAUAAUGAAUUUCAAAAUGCCGGAAAGCACCCACUGUUUACCCGUAUCAGCACAGGGUCAUUACCUGAUCGUCCUCUGUAUGUUUCAAAUUUCUUUAAUGAUACCACAAGUAAUAUUUAUGCGGAGCAAAUCUGCACACACAUGGGAAAAAGUCAAGAUGAAAAACGAAAGAAUAACUCUGUAUAUCCUGGUAGUUCAAAACAGUCAUUUCAUGUAAAACCAACUCCUUUCAUGGAUAAAAAUCCAUCUUUACCUCAAGUAAACUUGUCAAAUUGUAAAGCUUUUACAGUUGAAAGAUGUAAUGAAAACAGAAAAGAUGAUUAUCCAUUAGCUUUUUCCACCGAAAAGUCUUUAUUAUCGCUUCCUGACCUUAAAGGUCACUUUUAUUGUAGUAAACCACAGUCAGAAGAAUCAUUUCAACCACUUCAUUUAAAUCAUUGUACAGAACAGUUUUUCAAAAAUGCAACAUCAAAAACUAAGAAAUGCAAACGAGAGGGAUUUAUUUUAUCAAUAGACAAACGUUUGGAAAAACACAGGAUUAAUGAAAAGAAAAUUCAACUGUGCGAAACUCAAAACUUCUGCGCGGAUCGGAAGAAGAAAAUAAACUCUAAGGUGAAGGAUCGUAAGACGGUAAAUAUGAACGAAACUGUAAAAUGCAUCAACUCUACUGAUAUUUCUAAUAAACGUUUGACUACAAGGAAAGUUACCAGGAAACCGAAGGUUUUUCAAUUGUUUAGUGAUUCAACUGAUCAACAUUCUAUUAAGUCACCGAUAGAUCCUGAUCGAUCUACUGAAACAACUGAAAAAUUAUUCUUUCCAUCGAGGAGACUUUCACUUUUGAAUUCUUUCAAGUCUAAUUCUAACGAAGCUGUCGAUUUUGUAAACGUAGAUGUGCAAUCCAAGCUUGAUACAGCAGUCAAGUCUAAAAUAUUUUCUGAUGAAAUUUACAUGCAGUUGAAUGGCCUCAGUAGUUGCUACACGUCUGAAAUUUCUGACAGUCGAGAGCGUCAAGUAAGUUGCCUACAUAGACAAUAUCUUUUACAUCAAGUACCAACAGUUAUGAGAAUUAGCUUCAUGUAUUUGGAAUAUUUUAUUUAUAAUCAUCUGUCUGAGUAAUAAUCAACCAAUCACUAUGCAUACAAAGUGUCAAUAA